AUGGAUCUUGUUAAAGUGUCUAAGCAACGAUUGCAAGUGAUGAGAGAUGAUGAAUGGAUAUCUUUAUUGACUGAAGUGUCUUCAUUUUGUACCACACAUGAUAUUCCCAUCUUGAACAUGGAUGAAAUAUUUGUAGUUAGUGGGAGGCCGCGAUGCAAUACCCAACAAAAUACAAAUUUACAUCACUAUUGUGUUGAGCUAUUCUAUACAGUCAUAGAUAUUCAACUUCAAGAGCUUAACAACCAUUUUUCAGAGGCGAAUACCAAUUUGCUACUUUGUAUGGCUUGCUUGAAUCCAAGUAAUUCAUUUGUGGAUUUUGAUAAGGAAAAGUUGAUUCAUCUAGCAAAGUUCUAUCCAUCUAAUUUUCUUGGGAUAGAUAUCUUGGCACUUGACUCUCAACUACAGAAUUACAUUUUUAAUAUACGUAACAAUGACUUGUUUUUAGAGUUUCAAGGAGUUAGUGAACUUGCUGAAAAGUUAGUGAACACAAGGAAGUAUGAGACUUAUCCAUUAGUCUAUUUGCUUGUGAGGUUAACUUUGACACUUCCUGUCACUACUGCAACAGUUGAAUGA